AUGAGUGUGGAGGAGCUGGCACGAGCGAUGGGCCGAGACGUCGACCACGUGCUGGACUGCCUGAUGGACUCGGAGGUGAACGUGGACCGGGUCAGACCCAGUUCUAUCCUGAACGACACGUGUGUGAAGCAUGUGGUGCAACGCUCUGGGAUGAAGUUUGUCUGGACCAAACUCAGUGAAACCAGAGAGAAGGUGAACAAGGACGCCACCUGCAGAGCGCCUGACCCCGCCCUCCUCAGGCCCCGCCCCCCUGUGGUCACCAUCAUGGGCCACGUGGAUCACGGCAAAACCACGCUGCUCGACAGUCUGCGUAUGAGUCAGAUCACGGCGACGGAGGCUGGAGGCAUCACGCAGCACAUCGGGGCCUUUACAGUGCGUCUGGCCAGUGGGGAGACCAUGACCGUCUUGGACACCCCGGGACACGCAGCCUUCUCUUCCAUUCGCGCUCGCGGAGCUUCCAUCACAGACAUUGUAAUCUUGGUUGUUGCCGCGGACGAUGGCGUGAUGGAGCAGACGGUGGAGUCCAUCCGACACGCCAGGAACGCAGGAGUGCCGAUGAUCGUAGCGGUGAAUAAAUGUGACAAAGUCCAGGCUGAUCCAGAGCGAGUGAAGAGGGAGCUGUUGUCACAUGACGUCGUCUGUGAGGAGUUCGGAGGCGACAUCCAGGCCGUGCACGUGUCUGCGCUCAAGGGGGAGGGGCUUGUGGAGCUGACGGAGGCGGUGGUGGCGUUGGCUGAAGUCCUGGAGCUAAAAGCCGAACACGAGGGAGCCAUGGAAGGAGCGGUGAUAGAGAGUCGCACCGACAAAGGAAAAGGUCCUGUCAGCACUGCCCUGGUCCAGAGGGGGGCGCUGCAGAGGGGAGCAGUCCUGGUCUCCGGUCGGACGUGGGCCAAAGUCCGGUUCAUGUUCGACGAAAGCGGGUCAACCUUGGACCGAGCCGAGCCGAGCCAAGCCGUGCAGAUCUGUGGCUGGAGAGAGCUGCCGUCAGCCGGGGAGAGCAUCCUGGAGGUGGAGACAGAACAGAGGGCGAGAGAGGUGCUGUCGUACCGUCUGUAUCUGGACGAUCAGCAGCGGCAGAGCGAGGAGCAGAAGACGGUAUCGGCCAAUCAGGAGGCUCAUCAGACUCAGUACCGCCUCCAGAGGGCGGAGCUUGCACACCUGAGCUGGAGGCAGCGGAAGAACGCCCUCUACCAGAAGAACAAGGAAGUGUUUAACACCAGAGCAAAAGAACGAGACUCGGAGGAGGGCUCACCGCGACUCGGGAUCAUCAUCAAAGGAGACGUGGACGGCUCAGUAGAAACUCUCCUGAACGUUCUGGACUCGUAUGACGCCCAGGACCAGUGUGAACUCAACCUGAUUCACUUUGGAACCGGAGACGUUUCAGAGACGGACGUGAACCUGGCUCACACCUUCUCUGGUUCUGUUUACGGCUUUAACGUGUCAGUUCCACGCCCCGUCCAGCAGAUGGCGCUGAAGAAGGGAGUUCCAAUCAAACUGCAGUCUGUCAUUUACAAACUCAUAGAAGAACUGAAGGAGGAGCUGAGUCAAAAACUGCCUUCAGAGACCACAGAGAAUGUACUGGGUGAGGCCCAGGUCUUGGCCAUGUUCCAGGUCUCUGUGGGGAAGAAGAAGGUCCCGGUGGCUGGAUGCAGAGUCCAGAAAGGACUUUUGGACAAAAAGCAUAGAUUCAGAGUCCUGCGGGCGGGACGUGUGCUGUGGGAGGGAUCCCUCUCUGCGCUCAAACACCACAAAGACGACGUGUCUUCAGUGAAGCUGGGGUCGGACUGUGGACUCUCUGCAGACGGAGACGUAGACUUCAGCCCCGGAGACAUCGUCCAGUGUUUCGAGGAAGUGCAGACCCCCCAGACCUGCGACUGGACCCCCCCAGGGUUCUAA